AGUAUUUAACGACGAUUUCGACGAGUGGAUGUUACUGGUUGUUGGCCUGAGGAGAAGUUCACGAUGGAAAACUUGCUGAAGACAACUGUCAUUGUUUUGUGUCUGUGCUGUCUGGUGUUUGCCGAACCACCUCCCGAACUGAAUAAGGCAGAGCCAGAAUUAAUCGAGGAUGGAGUGGUAAACGAAGACAACAAACUUGGCAUUAAGCCAAAUGAAUCCCCAAAAGGCGACAAUGAUCGACGACGACGUGCAAUCGAUAGAUCGACCUGUGAGCAGAAGUAUCUGUACCUGUACGAAAACCACACCAUGUGUCUUGUGGACGUCGGCGUCUCCAACUCGGUGUUGUCAGACGCAGAAAAAACGGCCAUCGUGAAGCAACACAACGACUACCGCAACGGCGUGCAGCCUACUGCCACCAACAUGCUCAAGCUGAUUUGGGAUGACGACAUCGCAAUAGUAGCAGCCAAGUGGGCGAGGCAGUGUGUGAGAGGUCAUGACGGGGGCACGGCACACGCCGUUCCAGAAUUACCAAAAGUUUACAUCGGUCAGAACGCGGCAUACGGGUUCUACAGCUACGAGGCCGCCAUCAAAGCCUGGUAUGACGAGGUAGCCGACUAUGGGUUCGGCGUUGGAAGAGUAGGUGAUGAUGAAACCAAGAAGGUCGGCCAUUACACACAGAUUGUUUCGGCAGUUGCUAUACGAAUUGGCUGUGGAUCGGCAUAUUGCGAAAACAGUGUAUACGCCAGUAAAAUACAUCAUAUAUGUAACUAUGCCGUAGGACAGAGUUCCAUAAAAUACCCGUACAUAAGUGGCACCAGCGCUGCAGCAUGUCCCAACAAGCAAUCUGGCAACCUAUGUGACUGUGGUGGGAAACUGUGCUUUAACGGAGGAACCAUGGACAUAAGCACUUGCACCUGUACCUGUCCAACUCUGUAUAAGGGUGACUUGUGUGAAACCCUGGAUUGUCCAACACUAGAUCCAAGCUCCUGCAGUAUCUAUACAUUGGACAAAUGUCAAACCAACCUCUAUGUGCGUAACACGUGUCCUCAGCGUUGUGGUAUCUGUCCGAAACCAUGCAAUGGUUUAUCGUGUCAAAACCUGGGCACCUUGGACUUGAAUACCUGCAAGUGUCAGUGUCUUUCAGACUACUCGGGGACGUCAUGUGAGACACUAACCUGUCCGACAUCUCAGAGCUCGUGGUGUGCUUCCCGAACAACAGAUGACUGCACCCGCUACUACAAUCUUCCGUAUAUUUGCCCCAUACAGUGUGGAAGCUGUGAGAAACCCGCAGCGCCGUGUAAUGGCUUGGCUUGUGAGAACGAUGGCACCCUCGACACAAACGCAUGCACGUGCACGUGCCAGGGUUCGUAUUAUAGCGGAGACCGAUGUCAGACACUGACCUGUCCAACUUCAGUGUCAAAAUGGUGCGCUACUUUGCCGACUGACGCGUGCACAAGAUACUGGAAUGUCAAGUAUCUCUGCCCUAUGAUGUGUGGAAAAUGCGGACCUUUGCCAUGUGGUAAGAUCUGUAGAAACUACGGUACCUUGAACACGAAUACCUGCACGUGUCAGUGCGAAACGGCUUAUUCCGGCGAUACGUGCACAACACUGACUUGUCCUGCAACUGAUCCAGCCGUUUGCGGCGCCCAGUGGCCAAGUAGUUACUGCAGGUAUAGCAACGUGCCCUACCGCUGUCCAACGAUGUGUGGAAAGUGCUGAGCUGCUUUAAAUUAUUCAUUCUGUGCAGUUAAUUACAACCAAAUCAAAAUGUAACAAGUUAAAUGAUAAUGUUAAACAUAAGACAAUAAAACAAGUAAAAGAAAUCAA